CGAUUUCUGCGGUGUGCGGCUCGAUUUCUCCUUUCUCCUCCAGUUAGCUUAGAUGGUUCUCACAUCUUCAGUCCUGCACUCCCUUCAGUACUCUGUAGCAAGUCAGGGAUGAGAGAGAUUUGUAGGCUGUAGGAGAAGUAGAGGGAUUGAUUCUAUUGCUUUAUUAUGGCCCUGUGUUGAUUCCUUCAGCAAUGAUCAAAUCGUUGUUUUCUCGCUAUCCAGCAUCUAUGAAGGUGCUACUCACUUUUAAGUGUCUUGCAAUAUGCUAGUCCUCUUCUUAUGGAGGAAUCCAGCUUGGAUCAGGCAUAUACAUUUGGUGAUCGAAACACAAGUGAUGUUACAGUUCUCCUGAAGAACUGGGAAGACAGGCCAGAAUUAAUAUAUUGUCACUCAACCAUUUUGGUAAGAAAAAGCAAGUUCUUUGCCGAGCAGCUUCCCAAGGAUCAUGCUUCAAGAACAAAAAAUGAUCCUACUAUUUGCAUUCAGGUUCCUUGCCAGGGUUCUCAGUAUGACUACUAUGUUAAAGUUUUGAAACUUUUAUAUGUCUCUGAUGAUUCAGUUUUGGAAUCUUGGGAUUCUGCGAGGUCUGCUCUUGGAGUUCUCCAAGCUUCUGUUACACUUCACUGCGACUCCAUCAUUGAGAGCUGCAUUCGGUAUCUGGAAGCUGUGCCUUGGGAUGAAAAGGAGGAAGAAGAGAUACUGAAGAUUGUACCAAACCUUGGUCCUGCAGCUAUUCCCAUCCUGGCCCGAAUCCAGCCCGUUGAUCUAAAUGCUACCAAGAAUGUUUUCAUCUCUGCCAUACACUUUGCAACAUCAAUUGAAAGAUCUUUUCCUCCCUUUGUCGAUGACCUAAAAACUUCAGCCAAGGAGCAAGUGGAAUACAUGCUACUAGAAGAUGAAGACACUCCUUUGGUAACAGUGGAUGAGGAUGUGAUGUCCGAGGCCCGGACAGGCCUGGGCAACAUGUUCACAAUAUUUGAGACUGAGCUGAAUGCCACCCCAUUGGACUUCGAACAGUCGCCAGAGGCUGCAGAGCAGAGAGUUUUGCAAUGCCUCGUAGAUCUAGAGUGGAUGUGCGGUGUUCUUUCAAAGAUGGAAAUGUUGAGGGAUUUUGUCAUUGGUUUGGCUAAAAUCUCUGAUAAAAUAUUGGCCGUAGUCCAAGAUGAGAAGUACAGUUCGUGUCUUUGGGCAGUCAAGGUAAAAGUGAUUGAGGUGGUUGGUAAGGCCCUUGACGCAAUUGGAUAUGGAAGUGUGGUACUUCCAGCUCCAUCCAGGGUUCAUUUCCUUACAACAUGGCUUCCAUAUUUGAGAAAGAUGAAGCCUUUAUUAGAUUGGAAGAGCGAUAGCGAUGAAUCCUUUGCAUACAAGUUGGAUAGCGAUCUUUGCCAAAAUAUUGAGGGUGCGAUUAUAUCUCUAAUUCUUGCGCUGCCUUCUGGUGACCAGGCAGAUAUACUUGGCGACUGGAUGCAGAGGACUGAAGAGCUGAAAUUCCCUGACCUGAGCGAGGCAUUUGAGGUAUGGUGCUAUCGAAGCAAAACUGCAAAGAGAAGACUAUUACUUGGAGUUGGAAAUCCCACUGUGAGCCUCUUAUAAGGUGUGCACGAUCAUAGUUCAGAUAUCUAUAAUGGAAGAUUUUGUAUUCCUUAAUGUGGCAGAAAAGCAGGAAGAAGCAAACAAUUUAAGGGCUGUUUGGUUUUAGGUAACAGUUUUAUCUAAAUAGCAUUUCUUUGUAAAUAGCAUUGUAAUGUCAUGUAAUUUUUUUUGUUUCGUUUAAUCAUAUUUAAAGAUUACAGUGCAAUCUAAGAGUAAGGUUGUUUGGUCUGGUGCUUUCUGUGAAGCAUUCUUCCUAGUAAAAUUACCCCGCUCAAAUGGGAGCAUUUUUUAAAAAGAAAAAAAAUUCACAGGUUUUCAAAUUGCAAACUAGUAGAAUAGGUAAGAGAAAGUCCAGCUGACGGCUGUCCAACAAAGUUACUCAGCUAGACACCAAAUGCUGCACUUUCUACGUCAAAUUCUAUUGUGGCAUUCCAAAAUGGGAUGUCCAGUGUAUGAAUUCAUAAGAAAUAAAACUGUACUUAUUUUGAAGUGUAUUUAAGACAAAGAAAGUUGCAUUUGU